GGUAAUCCUUUUUCGCUCCGGAUCCCCUGUCGCGUAGAACGUCCCUUCUCAUGGCGGCUCCCCUGCCGCCGCUCUCACCGGAGAAUCUCCGUCUUUCUCAGAAGCAAUCCACCCGAAUUCCUCUUUGAUUGGCUUCGCCGAGAAAUUGAUAGGAAUUUCAUGAAAUUUUGUUUUGUUGGAAUGAUUUUCCGAAAUUGGGAAAAAUCAAGUCUGCAAAGCGAUGCAGAGAUCUUGGAUUGCUCGAGCUCCGCCGUGCGGAAUGAGGUUGAAGAUGGCAUGGUCACGUGCGAUGCGCACACGCCUACAAGUCACCCAAUCCCUACAAAUAACAGAUACAAUGCAGCACAGAUUUUCAGCAACCCUGAAGCUUGCAGAAGAACCAUGCAUGGUAAUGAGCAAGAGAACACACUAUUGCAUAAGAAUGUUAAGUGGCCUCUUGGAUGGCAAUCUAGUGGUUAUCACCUCAACCUCAGGUGAUUGUCACUCAAAUAGUUUUGCCGGUUGACCUCUUGCCAGAAAACAAGUGUUUUGGUUUGAGAGUAGGUAUGACUCUAUCUGCUGCUCCUCUACGAGCUUCUUUGUUCUGGUUUUUACUGCACUUUUAGCAAUCUUAAUAGCCUUCUUUUUAUGAGGAGAAUCUUUGAAGCCCUCUCCAGGGACAACUUCACCCGCUGGUUAUUUCCGCCACUAAUUUCCCUUUUUUUGUAUAUUUAAAAGCGUCCCAAAUGUUUUAAAAGCAUCCCAAAUAUAUUGGAGACACGUUUUAAAAGCGUCCCAAAAAUUUAUUCACUGACGCUAGUUAAAAGCGUCCUUGAUUAGAUUUGGCACGCUCCCACUGAGGACACUUUUUAAAGCUCCCACUAAGGACACUUUUUAAAGCGUCGUGAUUUAUUUAGAUACACAAAAAACGUCCUUAAUCAAUUUAAAAGGCGUCCUUAGAACUCUUUUUUCUUGUAGUGGUGGUAAGUUAAUUUAUGUACAAACUAUCGUAUGACUAAUUAUAAACAUGAACAUUAUACAUAUCAUUCAUAUCUAUGACACUCUUAUGAUGA